UGCCCCGUCAUUGGUGUCAGUGGGAGGAAUAGUGCCCCGUCAUUGGUAUCAGUGGGAGGAAUAGUGCCCCGUCAUUGGUAUCAGUGGAGGAAUAGUGCCCCAUCAUUGGUAUCAGUGGGAGGAAUAGUGCCCCAUCAUUGGUGUCAGUGGGAGGAAUAGUGCCCCAUCAUUGGUAUCAGUGGGAGGAAUAGUGCCCCAUCAUUGGUAUCAGUGGGAGGAAUAGUGCCCCAUCAUUGGUGUCAGUGUGAGGAAUAGUGUCCCAUCAUUGGUGUCAGUGGGAGGAAUAG